AUGACCAACUUAUGGGCCUACACCUGCGUCUCCGCGAAGCCAAAUUCCCCAUUACCAUCCGUGUCAACGCCCCCAGUGACCAGCUCCGAGGAGGCGGAAGCCAAGUUCUACGACGACAUGCACGCCCUUCUGGCGACUGCGCCGAAGGCGGAAAAGCCGAGUGUCCUUGGCGAAUUCAACGUCUGCACGGGACAGAUUACGCCACCCGGAGGGGAGUGCUGGGUCCGCAUGAAAUCGCCGGCUGCAACGACAAUGGCCUCCCCCACCUCCGAACCUGCUCAGGACAUCGACUUCUGCUGA